AUGUUUGCCAGAUUAAUCAAUGGCCAGGGAAGAACCCAUGGUAUUACAGGGAUGAGACACUUGAGUUGUGGCAGAGCAAUCUAUCAGAAGUCGAACAGCACACCUAUUUUUGAUCACACUCAAUUGAAUCCUAUCAGUAAGAACAGUAAGAAAACCAAUUCUUUGCAAAUGAUGGGUUCUACUACAAGCACAGAAACUGAUAGCAGUACCACUACUGGUGGGUUCAAAUACGCUUUCAAUCCAAGAGAAGAUGCAAUGGAUUCAAAACUGACAGGUGUGCUGGCCGGCAGAACCGUCGACGUUUACAAUAACGACAUUGCUAGUGCAUUUAGACAACUGAGUUCUAAACUAACUGCAAACAACAUUGCAGUCGAUAGAAGAACACAAAGAUUCUACAUGAAACCAGGUAAGGUGGCCGAACUCAAGAAAUCCCAAAGACAUAGAAGAGAGUUCAUGAUGGGCUUCAAGAGAUUGAUGGAUAUAGUUAAAGAUGCAAAGAGAAAAGGCUACUAG